UCUCACACUAACUCAUCCACCCCUCCCGCAUGUGAAGCGGGUGAAGGCUUUAUCGCAGGUCUCAGUGGACAGCGCCGUUUGGAGGCAGCGUAUCAAAGCAGCCCUGCUCGCUCGCUCUCACUCGCAGCUCGCUCUUCUCCGAUCUUCGCUGCACUGCGAUCAGACUCUUCUCUGCUUCUCUGACUUUCACAUAUUGUGAUGACUUUCUACCUUCUCAGAGCCAAGCACAAAUAACAAAAAUGAAACAAAACAAAUACGGACGGCGACACCUCAUUGUUAUGGCAGUUUUAUACGGACGAAGUGAAGGACUGUUGGCUGUACAUGAAUAUCUGCGAGUUACCUGUUGUUUUUGAAUUGGUUUUGUCCUUCGUUAAAGACAAACUCGCAACCAGAGGAUCCGUGGCUAAGGAUUGUGUGGUCGCACUGAGAUGGAGAUGGGACAAUAAUAUCGUUAAAGGAAUAAGUUUGGGUCGCCUAUGUGCAAUUCAGAUAAACCUCAAGACAACAGAACAAGAAGUAUUCGAUCUGAGGCAAUGGUGUACGCUGUACCGUCUGUAAACAGAUAAUUCUUUCGGAAUGUGCGAUGGAAAUAUGGUCAGUCUUAAACUUGAACCGCUAGUGAUACACUAAAGAGGAUGUAUGGAUGACUCCGUUUUGCGUACUCGGACCUGCUAAACUUCAGCACAAUGAAAUCUGUCUUAUUUAGCCGAUUUUUCAUACUCCUUCCCUGGGUUUUGAUCGUCAUCAUCAUGAUCGACGUGGAUACAAAGAGAUCCUCUGUUCGGAACACAGCACAAUUUUACCUGUCGCGACUUGGAAACGCACAACGACACGAGAGACCCGUGUCGCCUUGGAAGAACCGCACAGCUCUACCAGUAAUAUACGCAAUCACUCCCACUUACAGCAGAGCUGUACAGAAAGCGGAGCUCACGCGCCUCUCCAACACUUUCCGUCAGGUGCCACAGUUCCACUGGAUCGUGGUGGAGGAUUCGAACACCCGGACGGAGUUGGUGUCACGCUUCCUUGCCCGGUGUGGUGUUCCGUAUACACAUUUGAACAUCUUUACACCGCGGCGCUUUAAACGGAUCGGUAUGCCCCGGGCCACGGAGCAGAGAAACACAGCGCUUAGCUGGCUCCGGCAGCACCGCUCCUUAAAAGACGCAGGGGUCGUUUUUUUCGCAGACGACGACAACACGUACAGCUUGGAGUUGUUUGAAGAGAUGCGUUCCACCCGGCGGGUGGCGGUGUGGCCUGUGGGGCUGGUUGGGGGUCGUCGGUACGAGAGGCCGCUGGUGGAGAAGGGGAAGGUGGUGGGCUGGUACACGGGAUGGAGGGCUGACCGACCCUUCGCCAUCGACAUGGCAGGUUUUGCUGUGAACCUGCACGUGAUCCUGUCCAACCCACGAGCCCAGUUCAAGCGCAGAGGGGCCAAGCCCGGCAUGCAGGAGUCGGACUUCCUUAAACAGAUCACCAAAGUGGAGGAUCUGGAGCCAAAAGCCAAUAACUGCACUAAGGUCCUGGUGUGGCACACUCGCACAGAGAAAGUCAACCUGGGCAACGAGCCCAAGCAUCACCAGGAUACCGUCCACAUCGAGGUUUAGAGGGAGAAGCCAUUACCUGGGACCCAAGAUGAUUGGCUGGACCGGUUAUUAAACUUGAACAACAGUGGCCACUCUUAUGUGGCUUGAAAUGAACUUGAGAUAAUAAUAA